AUGUCUAGUCUAGAGUCGUCGUCAGGAACAUCAGUAUCCUCUGAAAUCUCCCCAAGCAUCGACGACCAAAGUUCCUCAGGCGACUCAGGCUCCUGGCGAGUCGACAGCUCAGAAAAAACCCCCGAAGACAGUAGCUCCAGCAGCAUGGCCUUCAGUUUGGACGCCUCGGAAGGCCGAAGCUUGCCCAACGUCCUCAAGAGAAUCAGCAACAUCGUCGCCUUGAAGAGCAACAACCUAAAGUCCUACAAAGACUCUCACCUGCGAAGCUACUGGAUGCCAGACAAGAAAGCCAAGCAAUGCUACGAGUGCUGCGAGAGGUUCACGACCUUCCGCAGAAGACACCACUGCCGAGUUUGCGGUCAGAUCUUCUGCUCCAAGUGUUGUUCCGACGAGAUUCCCGGGAAAAUAAUGGGCUGCACCGGGGACCUCAGAGUCUGCACCUACUGCUGCAAGGUAGUCUUGUCCUAUUUACAAUCCUCCGACAUGAAAAGCGUCCUCUCCGCGGAUUUAAAAGCGCUGCAAGAAGAUCUGGAGGUUAAAUACGGCGGAGACACUCUAGCUGUCGCAGAAGUCCAGUCUAACAUGGAAGACGAGACGCGAGUGUGCAGAAAAACCAGUGUUGGCUACAUGGAAGAAAAAUACGCCCUCGGAACUCACUCAGGAGACUACCUAACUUCUCACGAGCGCUCUAUAGUCCUAAAAAACUCAGCUUCUUUAAGAAUCAUCUGCGAGGAGCUAUUCAGAUCUUCAAAAUCAAUCCCAUUGCAAACUCACAGGGUCAGAUUGAAGAACUUCUACAACUGCUUUACCGGGAACGAGCUAGUUAACUGGAUGAUUUCUCAAAACAAAGCAGCGACUAGAAUCCAAGCAGUCGCUAUUGGUCAGGCUUUGUUCCAAGCUAACUACAUCGAAUCUUUACAAUCUGACACUGAAUUCACUGAUUCUGCUGCGAUAUUUCGUCCCACUAACAAUUUAUCUGAUGAUAAUCUGCUUAAUAAAACCUCUUGUGAUAGCCACGAGCCCGCUUGGGUUAAAAAUAUCCCCCAGCAUGAUUCUACAGGCACUGACUCAGAAAGUGAGACUAAACAGGCAGAAAUAAUCCGCAUUCCUUCUUCAGGGUCCAGUUUUUAUCUAGAUCUUGAUGUUGGAGCUUCUACAGUUACUCUAAAGCGUCCUAGUUCUUCAGAUAAUUUUUUUACUGAUGCUGGAGACUCAGAAAAUCAUCAACAGCAAACUUUGAAGAAUCAUCAAUGUAAUACUGCUGAUGAAAUGAUCAGUGAUGAGAAUCUAGUCCAAGAAGUCAAAGUAAGAAACUGCUGGCACAAACCAAACCUCCUAAGGAACUCUUAUGGAGAAAUGGCAGCUUAUAAUUCCCUGAGUCUGGCUUUUAAGCAGCAUGAAGAUUAUUUAGUGAAGCAGCUGCUGAACAAUCAAGGCCUAGCUUCCAGCUGGGCAGAAGUAAUCCUUCCUCUGGCUCAUCAAGUGGUAGAUCAGGUUAGACCCAACCAGAACCAUGAUGCUGAAGACAUGGACAUCCGCCAGUAUGUUCAGAUAAAAAAGUCCCCCGGUGGAGCUAGAGAUGAUUGUGAAAUCCUCUCUGGAGUCUUCUGCAGCAAGAAUGUAGCUCAUAGGGGAAUGAAUGCGAUGAUAGCGAAUCCCAAGAUUCUUUUGCUGCAGUGCGGGUUGAUGUACCAGCGGGUGGAGGGAAAAUUGUUGAGUCUAGAGCCGGUGAUGCUCCAGGAGAAAGAGUACCUGGGUCAUACCGUCGCGAGGAUCAUGGCGUUGAAGCCGGAUAUUGUCAUGGUCCAUAGAUCAGUUGCGAGACUGGCUCAGGAUAGGUUUAGAGAAUGUGGGGUUACUUUGGUGCUAAAUGUUAAGCUUAGUGUGUUAGAGAGAGUCGCUAGGUGCACUGGUGCUACUAUUGUUAAUACAAUUGACGCGCAUUUGACGACGCAUGUUAAAUUGGGAACGUGUCAGAAGUUCUAUUUAAGGAACUUUCCGAGGGAUAAUAAUUGUAUUAAGACUCUGAUGUACUUUGAGGGGUGUGCUAAUGGUCAUUUGGGUUCGGGGAUUCAUUUGAGAGGCGGCUCGCUGGUAGAGCUGAAAAAGGUUAAAAAUGUUGUGGCGACCAUGAUUUUUGCUGCGUAUUCUUGGAGGCUGGAGAAUUCAUUUUUGAUGGAUGAAUUUGCAAAGCCGCCGUCGCCUAAGGAUUAUUUUUUUAAUGAAAGUUUGAGGAGAGAUUCUUUGAAAGCUUUUGAAGCUGAUGGAAAAAUUUAUGAUUCUUUGGAGAAUUUUGAAGAAGAAGAAGAUGGAAAAAUUAGGGUUCAAAAAAUUGAGAGUGAGAAGAAGGGUAAAGAUAAAGUUGAAGAAAAACGCAGCCAUGGUGAAUUUGUCAGUGAUUUGAGCGACCCGUUGCAUCAAUAUUUAAACGAGCAAGAUGACGUUGUCCUUCCGAAUAAUUCAAGCUUGAGUUUGAGCGUAGCAGACCUUCCUCUGUUAAAUAAAUUCAAGAAGUCUUUAGACGGGACUAUUUUAAGCUUCUCGCCUUAUUUAAAAUUUUCAAUUCCUUAUUUGGAAACAGAGACAGGCAGAAAUUGUGUUUUAAGGAAAUUUUUUCCAAAAGAUAUUUAUUAUUCUCCGCAAUUAUUAGAUUUGUUAGAAGGAACUAAAAUUGGGAAUAAUAUUCCUCAACAAAUGCAAAAUAAACUUGAAUUUAAACCUAGACACCCUUUUACGUUGGCAAGACUGACUGCGGGGAUAGAAUCCAGGGAAGUCCAGGCUUUAGUUGCGGACUUUCGCGCCAGAGGGAGCAGAUUGAAUCCUACGAAUAAUGUUCUGCUGCCAACUGUUAAAACAGAGGCGCAGGAAGUGCCAACUGCGAAGUGGCCCGACUGUUUGGACCCGCUGAGCCAUCAGAGACUGGCAGUAUUGUUCUGCAGCUUUUCUCACAACGCUGAUAAUGUUCCUAAGUUCUGUGUGAACCCCUGGGUGGUUAACAUGGAUCUUUAUGGCAGGAAUGACAUUGCUUUGGGUAGAUUUUUGGAGAGGUACUGCCUGACUUCGGAGUACAAGUGCCCCGCAGCUGGUUGCAGGCUCCAAAUUGUCCAGCAUGCCAGGAGGUUCGCUCAUGACAGCAGCUGCAUUCAUGUUACUUUGAAGAAGAUGGCCGCGGAUCCUUUUGGUCAGGAGAACAGCAGGGAUAUAUUGAUGUGGAGCAAGUGUGUCAAGUGCAAGAAUGUCUCUCCAGUUGUGCCUAUGUCUUCGGACACAUGGUCGCUGUCUUAUGCGAAGUAUUUGGAACUGAGGUUCUAUUGUAGUGCUUAUACUAAUAGAAGCUCUGAAACCUGCUCCCAUUCGUUACAUCAUGAUUACAAUCAGUAUUUUUCUAGAGGAAACAUGCUGGCUAUUUUUAAGUACACGACUAUUUCGCUUUGGGAAAUUUCACUACCUCCUCCGGUUAUUCAUAUUAUUUAUGAUGCAAAGCAGCACGCUAAUGUUAUUGAAGAGAUGAAGAAUAUUGCGCUUAAGGGGGAUGAGUAUUUCAAAAAUAAAAUCGAAGAGGUCCAAUUAAAAUUAACAUCUCCAACUUUAGAAAACACAAAGCUAGAAGGCAAGAGUUCGGAGAAACAAGUCCAGACUUUCAUGUUCCGAAUCGAAGAUGGACUGGUGAUUCUCAAAAGACUCAUCUCAGAGGCAGUGUCUAAUUGGAACGACAGAAUUUACGACAUAACUUCAAAGAAGAAAGACGCAAGGCCUCGUAAAUUUACUGACAGGUCGCAAACUGCGGGUAGUAUCAACGGAAUCGUAGACACUGACGGCUACAUAACGGAAGACACCGCCUCAGAGUCGCUAAUCGAGGACCUGAGCCCGAUGUCUGCGGACUACAAUGCGAUAGAAGCUAUCUCUGCGGUGCCCAACAGCGGCCAGAGUGACCAGUACCUCGCGGACAUGCUCGAGAGUUCGGACAAUGAGCUCCAGGAUCACGAGGUGGUCGUUGUUAAGGACUCGCCAAAGUCCCACCAUCGCUCCUACUCGGACGUGCUUCCUGUGACUUGUGAAGACAUUCCAGACCGCAAGAAGAAGAAGAAGACUAUCUUGUCACAGCUUUUACCUUCAACUACUAUCACCACGCCUAUCAGCAAUCCUUUGAGUGCUCUGGAGCAUCACUUGCUUCCUCUGGGGUCAGUUGUCCCUGUUGUUGUCUACGAAUCCGAGCCCUCUUCUAUUAUCGCUUAUGCUUUGGACUCUCAUGAUUAUAAGCAUGCGCUGCAGGAGAUUAUUCGGACCACCAAAGUUGGAGAUCAGAGCUCCAGUCCUUUAAUUAAGCGAAAACUUGAUAGUAAAGAUAAUUCUAUUGAAUCUGGGCAGUCAGCUCAAUUUGCAGCUCUAAGAGACAAUGUGCUACCCUGUGGUGAGGAUGGCUUCACCAGAAGUCUGUGCAGAAGCGUCCAGUGGGCUGCCAGAGGUGGAAAAAGUGGAAGCACUUUUUCUAAAAGUCGGGAUGAUAGAUUUAUCCUCAAAGAACUUUCGCGUGUUGAGAUGCAAAUAUUCCUGGACUUUGCGCCGAAUUAUUUCGCAUACAUGGAGAAAUGUCAGCAGACUAAGCAGCCAACGCUCUUGGGAAAAAUAGUUGGAGUUUAUCGCGUGUCUUUCAAAAACAAUACUACCAACGCUGCUCUGAGGACCAGUGUCUUGGUGAUGGAGAAUCUGUUCUACUCAAGGACCAUCACUGACAAAUAUGACUUAAAAGGUUCCGUCAGGAACAGGCUGGUCAAUCUUGAGGAGGCUGACCAAGAAGGCGAGCUAGUUUUGCUGGAUGAAAAUUUGUUAAACAUGAGCUGUGAUUCUCCGUUGUAUAUUAGACCGCAUUCAAAGUCUGUUUUGAACAAAGCUAUUGAGCAGGAUACUAAAUUUUUGGCUGAUAAUUCUGUGAUGGAUUAUUCACUGCUAUUAGAAACAAUGGUCAAAAAAUCAGGAAUACUGGGCGGCCAAGGCAAACUACCGACAAUAGUCUCUCCAGAAGAAUAUCGCGCUAGAUUUAUAGCUGCGAUGCACAGAUAUUUCUUACCUGUGCCCGACCGAUGGACCGGGCUAGGUCGCGGUGUUGAGACACCUUGA